ACCUGAGCGUGGAGAAGGAUGCAAUCCAGAGCUGUGAUGGCUUCCUCCACUCUUCCCGCCCCACACCACCACCACCACCACCGCCGAAGCCGCGCAUCAGCUUCGAAUUUCCUCCGGUUUCGCUCCCGUCGCCCGCUCCUCAGUCCCCCUUCCCUCCGUGGAUUCAGACUCCGAGCCACCGCCGCUGCGCUAACUGUUGAGCCGGAUACUCAAGUAAAACAGGACUCUUUGGAGCUUGACUUGCUUGCAUGCCCGAUAUGCUACGAACCACUGACGAGAAAAGGACCCUCAGGAUUAAAUUUGCCAGCAAUCUAUAGGUCUGGGUUCAAGUGUCUGAAAUGCAACAAGUCAUUCUCCAGCAAAGAUGUCUACUUGGAUCUGACUAUUACUUCAGGAACAAAAGAGUACAAUGAGUUCAAGCCUACUAGAACCGAGCUAUUUAGGAGCCCAAUUGUCUCAUUCCUCUAUGAGAGAGGAUGGCGCCAGAACUUCAACCGGAGUGGCUUCCCAGGUCCUGAUGAAGAGUUCAAUAUGGCUCAAGAGUACUUCAAGCCUGUAGCAGGGGGUCUGCUUGUAGAUGUGAGCUGUGGAAGCGGCUUGUUUUCAAGAAAAUUUGCGAAAUCUGGAUCUUAUUCUGCUGUUAUUGCAUUGGAUUUUUCCGAGAAUAUGCUUCGCCAAUGCUUUGAGUUCAUUAAGCAAGAUGAAACUCUUUCCACCAUAAAUCUUGCUCUUGUAAGGGCGGACAUUUCCAGGCUCCCCUUUGCAUCAUGUUCAGUUGACGCCAUUCAUGCUGGGGCUGCCUUGCACUGUUGGCCCUCUCCUUCCAAUGCAGUUGCUGAAAUAAGCCGUGUCCUGAGAAGUGGCGGUGUAUUUGUGGCAACCACCUUUUUGUCAUCUCCUUUAAAUAAUCCAUUCUCUUCUGAAGCUUUGAGGCCUCUCAGACAGUUCUUUGGGCAAGAGAACAACAGCUAUAACUAUUUUACUGAAAAAGAAAUUGAAGACUUGUGCAAGUCCUGCGGUCUCAUCAAUUACACAAGCAAAGUACAAAGGUCCUUCAUCAUGUUCUCUGCACAGAAACCAUGACACGGGAGUUGAAAUUGAACUUCAUGAAAAUUUUGGAACAGUAUCAACUCUGAAGUACUUGUUUUAAGAUGACAUAAAUGAUUAGAACAUGGGACUGGAAAGAAACAAAUAGUUGGAGAAGUUGUUUUAGGUGGUUAAUUGACAGAACCAAGAGACCCUAGUGAAAACCAUUUACAAAUACCAUUUGUAACUAUAUAUGCACUUUUUGAACUGGUCGGUUAUGACAAUGUCAUUUGUUUUAUUUUGAAACAUCAUGUUACAGGGAUAACAGUAGAGGAUACUAAAGGUUAUCUGAUGUAUUUCUUUGAGAGAAGGUGGUAUCUGAUGUAUUACCAGUCUAUAAUCAGUUAAUCACAUUACCAAAUUGGGAAUUUAUCAUUAACGGUGUUCUCAA